UAGCCAAAAACAUCUCCGAACUCCAAAACUAAGUACAAAUCCCCCCUCCUCCAGUCCUCCUCUUCCUCCAAAGCAUUGGGUUCUGUUCCUUCUCUCUCAUCGGAUCUCUCUCUAGAUCGCACCCCCAAAUCGAAACUCAAGGAAUACGAUACGAAACACUUGCUUUCAAAUCAUCUAUCUCGCUCUGUGUUUUAUCGGGCAUUCCUUGCACUGAAAUGGGAAUGCCCGUGAAACGAUGAGCGUGACAACAACGACGACGACGACAAUAACAACCCUAAACGGCGACGAAGAAGAAGAAAACGAGGAGCGGUUCUACGAGUCCCUCGAUCGUCUCCUCUCCUCUAACUCUACCUCCUGCUCCACUUCCGACUCGGGCUCGGACUCCGACCCGAACCCGAAUUCCCCUACCGGGGAUGCCGCCUCCUCGUCUUCUUCGGCGUUUCCUCUCCCUAGAUUUCCACGCAUUGCCGCCACCAAGUAUGACAUCUGGAUCUCUCAGCCUGCUUCCAUUUCCGAGCGCCGCCUGCGUUUGCUCCGGGACAUGGGCCUCAGUGGGGACUCGUCGUUGUCUCGGUCUAAACCAGGGCAUCAAUCGGGGCAGUCGGUGGAUUUUUCACGAUCGGUGAACUCGGAUCGGCUGAGGGAUCCGCCGGGUAUAGUGCGAUCGAAAUCCGACGGUUACAAUGAUAAGUCAGAUUUUUCUGUUUCUUCUCCUUCAAUUCUUUGUUACGAUUCCUCUUCUUUGUCUAAUGUUGAUUUUGUAAAUAAUAAUUGUGACCGUGAAUGUGAUAACAACAACGGCAACAAUGCUGUUGGAGUUGAUGAUAGUAAUAAAGAUGACGGUUAUUCGCGGUCGCGGGGAGGUGUUAACAAAAGUAACGAAUUUUCUCCUGUUGCCGUUGUUACGAGUGCCUCUUCACCGAAUAAACCGCCUAGUGGGAGAAAUCUCAGAAGAAUGGAUGAGAGUCUACUGGAUUGCAUUAGUUCUAAUGGGAAUUUAGGAUGCAAUGAGGGAUUCAGAGAGCCUGUUGGGGAAUCGGAAUGCCAUGGAAAUGGUGGUGGAGUUGGCAGUGAAGUGUGUACCAUAAAAAAUCUUGACAAUGGGAAGGAGUUUAUGGUGAAUGAGAUCAAAGAGGAUGGGACUUGGAACAAGUUGAAGGAAGUGGCGACUGGGAGGCAACUGACAAUAGAGGAGUUUGAGAUGAGUGUGGGGACUUCACCAAUCGUGCAAGAGCUAAUGAGGAGGCAGAAUGUGGAGGAGGGUCAUAGGGAAAGUCUGGAUUCCAACGCAAAUAAUGGUAUUGGUAGCAUUUCUAAAUCGAAAAAGAAGGGCAGUUGGUUUAGGAGUAUAAAGAAUGUGGCAAGUAGCAUUACCAAUCAUAAGGAGAGGAGAAGUAGUGAUGAGAGGGAUACCUCAUCGGAGAAAGGUGGUAGGAGGUCAAGCUCAGCGACUGAUGAUAGCCAGGAUGGUUCAUUCCAUGGGCCUGAGAGAGUUAGGGUGCGACAAUAUGGGAAGUCGUGUAAGGAGUUCACUGCAUUGUACAAGAGUCAGGAGAUUCAAGCCCAUAAUGGGUCAAUAUGGAGCGUUAAGUUCAGUUUAGAUGGCAGGUAUCUUGCGAGUGCUGGUGAGGAUUGUGUGAUUCAUGUUUGGCAGGUUGUGGAGUCAGAGAGAAAAGGGGAAUUGUUAUUGGAGAAGGCUGAGGACAGUAAUUUGAACAAUUUGCUAAUGGCCAAUGGGUCCCCAGAAUCUAGUUCAUUGUCACCAACGGUGGACAAUCAUCCUGAAAAGAAGAGAAGAGGGAGGGCAUCUAUAAGCCGGAAAUCAUUGAGCUUGGACUAUAUUUUUGUUCCUGACACUGUCUUUGCGCUUUCAGAUAAACCCGUUUGCUCAUUCCGUGGACAUCUGGACGAUGUUCUUGACCUGUCGUGGUCCAAGUCUCAGCACUUACUCUCUUCGUCAAUGGAUAAAACUGUGCGAUUGUGGCAUUUGUCUAGCCGGACUUGUUUGAAAAUAUUUUCACACAGUGAUUAUGUAACUUGCAUCCAGUUUAAUCCUGUUGAUGAUAGAUACUUCAUUAGUGGAUCCCUAGAUGCAAAAGUUCGCAUUUGGAGCAUUCCCGAUCACCAAGUUGUUGAUUGGAAUGAUCUUCAUGAGAUGGUCACUUCAGCUUGCUAUACUCCAGAUGGCCAGGGUGCUCUUGUUGGAUCAUACAAGGGAAGCUGUAGAUUGUAUAAUACUUCUGAAAAUAAGUUGCAGCAAAAAUGUCAAAUAAAUCUACCGAUCAAGAAGAAGAAAUCUCAUCAGAAGAAAAUCACAGGUUUCCAGUUUGCACCAGGAAGUACAUCAGAAGUGUUUAUAACAUCUGCAGAUUCACGAAUACGGGUGGUUGAUGGUGUUGAUUUGGUCCAUAAGUUCAAGGGGUUUCGCAACACCAACAGCCAAAUCUCGGCUUCCCUGACAGCUAAUGGAAAAUAUGUUGUCUCUGCCAGUGAGGAUUCUAAUGUCUAUGUGUGGAAACAUGAAGCCGAUUCCCGACCUAACAGAAGCAAAGGUGUCACAGUCACACGUUCAUACGAGCAUUUCCAUUGUCAAGAUGUAUCAGUUGCCACCCCAUGGCCUGGGAUAGGUGACUCAUGGGGAUUACAUGGCAUUUAUUCUGCAGAUCAUUGUGUGCUUGAAAACAACCUUGACGAGGUUUCUACAGCCAACCAUCCUCCUACACCUGCUGAUGAUUUUAGUGCCACUGAGGGUUCUCGGUCAACUUCUGGGUGCACCAACAGCCCACUUCAUGGAAUAAUAUCCAGCGCAACCAAUGGUUACUUCUUUGAUAGAAUCUCGGCAACAUGGCCAGAGGAAAAGCUCCUUCUGGCUGCUAAGAACCGUAGCCCUUGUCAUGUCAGGCAUGAUAUCUCCAAUGGGGUAAAUCAAAACAUGCCAGCUUGGGGUAUGGUAAUUGUAACUGCCGGUCUUCGAGGGGAACUCAGAACUUUUCAAAAUUUUGGAUUGCCAAUUCAAUUAUAAGCAGCCACAAAUCCCCAGAAGCCUCCAGCAUUGAAGAAUUGUGUUUAGCAAUACUGGCUGUUGCAGGUACAUUGCCAUUGCCACUGCCACCUUGGUUAAACGUGUACAGAGAUAGCCAGUGAGAUUUGUAAUAUUAGUUUCAUUAUUUUUUUUUUCUUGACAUUUUUUGUUCGUGCUUAGUUGGAAUGCCUAAUCCGAUCAAGCAUCCAGGAAAAAUAUAGAUUUGUCAAGAAAAAGAACUACACGGUGAAUUUAGAAACCAAUUGAUCGGGCAUUGUAGAGUUAUGAACAUGGGAGAAGCUUAUUGAAUCAAAGUGAAAUUCUUUUUUUACCA